AUGGCGCCCGUCGUCCUCUCCAUGGACGUGCACUGCGACAGCUGCGCGAAGAAGAUCCGGAAAGCCGUCAUGAAGGUGCCUGGGGCGGAGAGCGUGACUGCGUCCUUCGAGACCGGGCUCGUGGUGGUCGAGGGCCCGGCCGACGCGACGGCGCUCAGGGCGCGGCUCCAAGCCAUGACGAAGAAGGACGUCAAGGUCGUGAGCGACGGCGCGGAGGAGAAUGGGGAGGCGGCCGGCGCCGGCGCCGGCAGCGCUAGCGCCUACACUUAUCCGGCGACGCCCAUCCUCCUGGAGAUGGAGCUGCACUGCCGGUCCUGCGCCGACAGGGUCGAGAGACGCGUGAUGGAGAUCCCAGGCGUGGACGCCGUCACCACGGACGUGCCGGCGCGCCGGGUGAAGGUCACCGGGACGGCCGACGCAUCGGUGGUGGCGACGAGCCUCGAGGUCAGGAUGAGGAAGCCCGUCAGGGUCGUCAGCGACCCCCAGAGGCCAGACGUCGUCCCCGGGUACGACCACGAGUGGCGGAAGGCGGCCGCGGCGCGAGCGGCGGCGCAGGAGAUGCAGGAGAUGUAUGGGGCGGCGACGACGCACGUCGUGCCGCAGGAGGCGUCGGUUAUGGACGACGCCAGCUGCAGCCUCUCGUCACUGUUGUUGUCGGCACCGCCUCCUGGGUGCCGGCUACGCGCCUGUCAGCCAGCUCCGUCUCCGCCUGCGCCGUCUUCGUCGUACGGUGCACCUCCGCCGCAGGCCGGCUACUGGUACCCGGAACCACCGGGAGGAGUGUACGGCGGGCAACACUGGGCGGCGCCGGCGCCCGCCCCACUGUCGGGAGGCUUCUAUAUGCAUCGAGGAGAAUUGUUCGGACAGCAGUGGCCGGCGUACCCACCGCCGGCGCCAGAGCCGGAGGACUACUAUCCGUACGGCGGACAACAGGAUCUGAACCCUGGCAGUUGCUCAAUCCAGUGA